UUGAAACGACACAUGCCCGAUUCUUUUCGAUUUGGUUAACGUGGGAAGGCCGAGGGUAAUAAUCACCAUGAUUCCAAAGCAAGAAAUCCGUUCUCCUUUUGCCUCCUCUUUUUUUUUCUUCUCCCCAAAACAUCAAGCUUUUUGGGCUGUUUAAACUGUAAACCUUAAUGCAGAUAGAAUUCGAGGAAGAGGGAAGAGUGAUUAAGGUUUAGCCACCGUCUUAAGAACUGUCAUUAAUGGGAAAAGUCGCUUGAGACUGGAUGCUGUUUUCGAUUUAUAUAAAUGCUCUCGAUCACUCCAAUCGUUGGGCGGCACUAAGUUUGGCAAAAGCGGCCACGUUGCGACAUAUUACCUGUUCAUCGCGUUACCUUUUUGCGCCUCCUUCCCUUCCUCCUCGUCCUAGGAUUUAGUUUUCUCAGCGAGCAAGGGAGGAGGAAGAAAAGCAGGGAUUUUUUAGAUGGAGAAGGGGGGAAAUGGAGAUUUUUUAAAUGGCGGGAGCUGAACGGCGAAGCUAAGCCAGAGCGUAGGGUGGAGGUAGGAUUAGAGGGAUGUGGGAUCUCAACGGUUCGCCGGAUAAUAUGGUGGGUUCGGAAGCAGAUGAAGGGGAGAGCUCAUCCCAGAGGAAGGGGAAGGAGCCGGAGUCCGCAGUGUCGACGGAAAAUUCGAGCUCGUCGGCGGUCGUCGUGGAGGCCUCCGACGAAGGGGAGGAUAACUCCGGCGGGAGGGAAGUCGGAAGGAUCUUCGGGAUCAGCUUCGCCGGCGGCCAGCAGCCGUUCGUUACUCGUCAGUUCUUUCCCUCCGGGGAGUCAGUUGCUCAGAGCUGCGGGGAUCCACCACCGAGGGCGCACUGGGCGGCGGUUCAGUUCCGACCACCAGAAUCGGCGGGCAGGAGCCGACGAGGGCCGAGGUCGAGGAGCUCUCAGUACAGGGGAGUGACGUUUUACCGGCGAACCGGACGAUGGGAAUCCCAUAUAUGGGAUUGCGGAAAACAAGUGUAUUUGGGUGGAUUUGACACAGCCCAUGCCGCCGCCCGGGCGUAUGAUCGAGCGGCGAUAAAGUUUCGUGGUGUAGAAGCCGACAUAAACUUCAGUUUGGAGGACUACGAAGACGAUUUGAAGCAGAUGAGCAAUUUAACAAAAGAAGAAUUUGUUCAUGUGCUUAGAAGACAGAGCACCGGGUUCCCAAGAGGAAGUUCCAAGUACAGGGGUGUCACUCUUCACAAAUGCGGCCGAUGGGAAGCUAGAAUGGGCCAGUUCCUAGGGAAGAAGUAUGUAUAUUUGGGCCUUUUUGACACCGAAGUGGAGGCAGCAAGAGCUUAUGACAAGGCAGCGAUUAAAUUUAAUGGAAAGGAUGCAGUGACGAACUUCGAUGCCAGUAUCUACGCCGAUGAGCUUGGUUGCUCACCUGUGCAAAUUGAGCACAAUCUUGAUCUGAGCUUGGGGAGCUCAGCGUCAAAGAUAAGCGCAAUGAGCCCAAUGGAUGAGGAGAGCUCCGGCUGCGGAAGCAGCGGCGGCGGCGGCGGCGGCGGCGCAGAUCAACGGUUUCUGACUACUUGCCAUGAGGCCAUCAACGCCACCACCAAGCUCAAACUGCCUGAUCAUGAGAGUAGAGUAAAUUUCCACCUCGGCCAUCAUAUGGAAAUGCUGAAGCAUUCUUCCUACAUCCAGCAGCAAUCUCCGCUGCCACAACCACAGCCAGUCGGCUUUCCGUUCAUCCGCCACCAUCUCUCUCAUCCUUCCAUCUAUCACCAAUAUCUUGGCGGCAACAUGGCCGCCGCAGCGAGGAACGGCGGAGAUGUUCAUCUGUCAUUGGGGAUCGACGGUGGAAGCAGUUGGGCUCCACUGCAUGCCGCUCCGCCACCGCCGUAGCUGCAGCAUCAUCAGGAUUCCGGCCACCGCAAGCAGUGAAGACCACUCACAAUUGGCUGCAAAAGAGAAGAGGUUGCAGUCACUGGGCAGACCCUGACCCGAACUGACCCGGAAAAAAAAGAAAGGGAUUGAAAAUUGAAAAUACAAGAUUUUGUUUGCUGAGAUAGUCGACAAAAGAGAAAUGACAGCGCCUCUAUCCUCUCUGCCUUUCUUUAUUUUUUACAUGCUUUUUUUUCCAUCUCAUUAGAAUUUUUUUGUUUGCAAACAUUCUGUUCUAAGGUGGGGAGGGUGAAAUGAAUGAAUUCAAUGAUUUGUGCUGGAACAUUAAAGUCGCAACCUGUGAAGGGGUGGAUUCAGAAUGCGAUUUUGCUAUUUUGGGGGUGUUGAAAUAAUUGGCGGGGGGGUGAGCAUGGUUAAAGUGGUUAGAGACUAAUAAAGGCAAUUGAGGGGGGAAUCUGACAAAGAGAAUUUUUGUGAGGGGGUGGAUAGCUAAAUAAGAGGAUUAGAUGUGGCCCCUGAGGAAAGUUGGAUGACGUGUCGCUAUCGUCGGUCCUUCGAACCAGUUCACUGCGGGCUCAUGCAGUCAGAACAAAAGAUAGACUAUUAUGGCGAGAGGGACAUCUCACCGCAGAGAUCCAAUACACACCGUACACACCACCUUUGUUCCUUUUUUUUUUUUCUUUUUUUCUUUUUUGUGGGGUUUAAUUUCUCUUUAAAUGGCAACACGAAUGUGUGAAUUAUUAUGCAAAUUUAUUAAAAACAGA